GCAAACAACUUGACUCCACACAAUGUCUAAAGCUUUGCACUGAAACCCCUGCACUCUCCAAGUGUCCAAACCAGUGACUACAUCCCAAAGAUACCACAGCCUGCUUGCAGGAGUCAGGUCUUUUCCAUGGUGCACCUAAAACUGUGGCUGUGGCUUAGCUGUUGUGUCAUGGGGCCACUUGGCAGAAGGGGGCAUGGCUUGGCAUGGCACCUUUCAUCAGGAUCUGCAGCCUCAUGGAGCCACCCAGAAUCCUGCAAAGAGAAAUAAGUUUACCACUAUCCCUUUGUCCCAUCCACUGUCUGGACAACCCACCAGCACAAGCACCGGUGCUCUGGAUUUAAUCAUGCACAGCGAUUGCUAGGGAAUGAGUGGUUCCAGGUCGGGCAUGAUGGUCUUGGUGGUUCUGAUGUAGGCUCAGAGCAUCCCUACUGUGCCUGAAAAGAGGUUGUUUCAGUUGCUUGCAUCUUGGACCUGCUUCCUGACCUUCUUCUUCCUCUUCCCCAAAGAGACAAGCAUUAAAGUGCAGACUGUGCCUGCGUUCCCUUUUCCCAGGUGCACUAAGGUGAAGCCCACGUGUGAGCACUCUCUCCAACAUUGGGCCAGUCUGUUCAAGGGCAGGCAGACCCAUGCUGAGCUGCCGGCAUCCGCCUGCUGCCGCAGCAGCAGUGUUGAGCCCGACUCCUGCCAGCCGUGCCAUCCAGAAAAGGACAUGGAUUCCUGAGGGGAGAAGUUGACCAGGAAUCAAACAUUACCACUGCAGAGAUGGGGGCCAAACUAAUAUGAGUGCAGCCGGCAGGGUGAGGGAAAUUAUCCUUUCCCUCUGGCUGGCAUUUGUUAAUCCCUAUCUGGGCACUGUUUUGGGGUCCCCAGAAGAAGUUAGUGGCAGACUUGAAGCGAGCCUGAUGAAAACCACCAAGAUAGUCUGGAGCACAGGACACGCAAGGAGAGGCUGAGAGAGCUGGGUUUGUGUGGCCAGGAGGAAGGAAGGAAGAGAGGGAGCUUAUUGCUGUCUGCAGGCACCUAAUGGGAGGAUGUGGACAAGGUGGAGCCAGAGACUUGCUGGGGAUGCACAGUCACAAGUCAAAAGACAACAGCACAAGCUCCAGCUUAUCUUCAGCAUGAGCGUGGUAAGACACUGGAACAGGGGCCCAGACCCCCAGCAGAGAGGCUGUGGAUUCUCCAUCCAUGGAGGUACUCAAAGAUGGACUGGACAAAGCCCCAGGCAACCUGAUUUAACCUUGAAGUAAGUCCUGCUUUGAGCAGCAGGUUGGACUAGACCCCUCCAGAGUCUCCUUCCAACCUGAAUUAUCCCAUGAGCCUACACUCAGAGAAAGCCACUGCAACCCAGACCUAGCGGGUGGCAUCCCUGGCUGCACGCCUUCAUUCCGGAAUAACGAGCUGUGGUUGUCAGGGAGGUUGCCAGGGAGGCUGACAUCAGACAUCCCUUCCCUAUAGAUUAUCGUGCACAGCAGCACCAUUCCGCAAUCUGCAAACGAGGCGGGAGGGCACCCAGAGGAAGCCCCGGAGGGUGUUUUGCGUCACUGGCCUGGGUUGCCUAGCACCGCUGGGACCGUGGAGAGGGGGCACCAGCUCUGGGGGCUUGGAGGCUUUUUCCCCCUGCGUGUCCUGUUUGAGAGCCAAACACUGCUGAGGACGUAAGAGAGGAGCAACCGAGGCGAUGGCAGCCGAGGCAGGGGUGCUCGAGAUGCCCUUCGUCCAGGAUGACCAGCUCACUAGGCGCAUGCGACUGAGAUUCCAGAGCCUGCAGCAAAAAAACAUGAGGCCCCAGGAUGGUGAGAAGCUGCUGCAUCCCAAUGAGCACAUCUACCGAGUGGAUUUCACCCAGCAACACAACCUGCGCUUCCUCCGCUGGGACAUCCAGCUGGAGAGACCUGGGAAGGUCACUGUGACUGGCACCUCCCAGCACUGGACUCCUGAUCUCACCCACCUUAUGAACCGGCAGCUGCUGGAACCAGUGGGAAUCUUCUGGAAGAAGCCAGGGGCCAAGGAGGUGGAGUGCAACGAGGCAGAUGCCCAGGAAUUUGGGGAGCGGAUAGCAGAAUUAGCACAGAUCCGCAAGGUGAUGUAUUUCCUCCUCGCUUUCACUGAUGGCCUCGAACCAGCUCAGCUGAAGGGCUCAGUCAUUUUUAAAGCCUGAUCCCCUCUUGCUCAGCCCUUUUUGCUCCAGCUGCGCUUUUGUUUUCAUUUUUCUUUCUCUCAGUUCAGUUCUUGGUUCAUUUUUUAUGUUGUUGUUUGUUUUUUUUUUUUAUGAGGGACGGCAUUGUGAGAAAGUGGAGGACAGCUCAGUGCUUCCGGAGCCCCUCAGCCCUGCAACAUAUUCCCAUACCUACUGUCCUCUGUCUGAACGAUGGGAAGGAGGGGGCCAUGAGCUUGCUGCUGUAUUUUCCUAGACCAUAAGACUGCAUGCUUGUGAAUUCAGUAGGGAUUCACCAGGUCUGACUGGUGCAGGGUCUUGCUGGCUUGGAAAUAUGAGGCUGCCCUAAGACCUCCAACUAUGGCAACUGCAUCCUAAAAACCUGAUGGAAAAAUAAGAAAUUGCCAUACUAGAAAUAGGAGAGACAAUCUGGAGACAGCUGUGCCUUCCAGUUUCCAUCCUAGCCUUUAAAAAGGGGGGGCUUGUUUGCAAUGGAGUGCUUCUCCUUGCUGUGACUGUGGCUGCUUGGUGUCUCUGAAGACCGGUCUCAUGGAGGAUCACCUUGCCAUGAAGCUGAAGUACAUUUGGACAUGAUGUAUUCUGCAGAUUGCAAACCCACUGGACAAACUGGUGCGGGGAGGUUGGAUUGCUCUCUUCCUGACAGCCGCCACCAUUUCUUGCUGGGGGUCACUGUGGGGUGGUGUAUUCCAGCUUGCUGCUCACCUUGUGCUUCCUGGAGAUUGUUGGUCCUGAGAUGGGUUGGAGCAGGCGUGCAUGUGUGUGCAGAGCUGGGCAAGCGAGCCAGCAGCUCAGAGCAGGCUGUGGGUCUGAGCCAGCAUUGUGUCCCCUGCAGCAAAAACAAUCUGUGCAUUGUUAUGGCCUUAAAGCACCCAUGAACAUAUUUAUUCUGAAGCAUCUAUAGAGAGCUGGGAGGCUGCAGAGCACUUUGCAAACCACAGAGCAGGAACCUGCUGCUGCUGUCCCCAAAAAGCCUUGUCUCCUACCCUCUACAAAUGCUGAGGCAGGCAGCGGUGUCUGGGUGGCGAUGGGAGUGGAGAGGGAAGGUGGUACCUUUGCAAGUUUAGGAGCAGUAGGGUGUUUUGUGCCUGGCUUGUCCCAUGACUGUCAAUUAACUACUAACUUUGGGUGUUCCCUUUCUCUCCACCAAAAGGUGGAAUGUAUUUUGGUGAAGCUUCUUGAGACCCACAGAUAGAAAUGUCCUUUGAAAGAGUCAAGCAUUAUUACAAUUUGUCCUUCAUUAAGAUUGCAUUCAAACGUGGGUCAACAAUCCUCAGGGUAUGGCCUGAGUUUUUUCUGAGAUGUGUAAGGAGAGGGCAGUGAUGGGAAAGCAGGGACAAGGUGACCUCGUACCCAUGGCCUGCUGUCUUGUGUGGACCGUCCCAAAAAGAGUCCAACCUCUUCUCCAAAGCCUCCAGAGAUGCAGACUCCUAGCCCUCCCCAGCUCAAUAAUAGUGUAUAAAAUGAUUUACACAAGCUAUGCCAGGGAGAGAGGUGAAGGAGAGCAGGAAGAUCAUCUACUGGCCUGUGAGAUGGUGGCAGCUUUGGGUCUUGCCCACAGCCAAAGCUCAGCAAUCACUGAAUCAUACAGCCAUGCCAUGAGCACUGCUGGAGAAGUUGAUGUCUUUGCUUAGACUCCAAGAAAUUCUGGAGUAAAUGAAGAGAGGUAAAAGUGGAUCCAUCCCUGCAUAGCUAUGGCAUGGAUCCACAGUAGGCCGAACCUACUUCUAUGGCCCUGGAAGACUUUCCCAUAGGAGACCCUAUAGGAGGCAUACAUCCCAGAGCAGGUCUCCUGACUACAAAUCACAUUAGACCCAAUAACAGGGGCCACUGCUAACUUCCAAAGGGGUUUUUGCAUGCCAGAUCUCACAAUAUGCCAUUGCUACAUUGCCAGUUGCUGGGAUGGAGCUAUUGCUGCACAUACCUCGCUGGGUAUUGAUGUACCACCACAAAUAAAAGUGUAGUCAACAGGGUUCCCCGUAAGGACUGAGGCUGUGAGUGUCUUCUUCAU